GUCAACAUCGCGAUUCACAUGACAUGUGUACCGAUCCUUUUGUUUACUGGGAUCGCGCUGGCAUCAAAUACCCCAGCCUUUGUAACCCUCCCUGAUGCCCUUCAAAUCCACAACCUGCCACUGAACCUCGGGACGAUCGCGGCCGUGGUAUACUCCUCAUUCUACAUCCUGCUGGAGCCGGUCGCCGGGGCCUUGGUCGCUCCCCUGAUUAUCGCGGGUGCAGCCUGCGGGAACCACCUCCUUGCUACGUACGGUGCGAGUGUCAACUACUGGUUUGCCGGCGUCCAUGUUGUGUCUUGGUUGGCGCAGUUCGUCGGCCACGGCGCGUUCGAGCGCAGGGCCCCUGCGUUGCUAGAUAACUUGGUUCAGGCCUUCCUGCUGGCACCGCUCUUCGUCUGGAUGGAGGCCCUGUUCUUCUUUGGGUAUCGCCCGGAGCUGAAGGCCCGGUACGAUGAGAACGUGCGGAAGGAGGUUGCCGCGUUUAAAUCCAAGAAGGGCAAGGCUGCCAAAUAGGUAACCGUUGGGAGUGUGUUGUGAUCUGGAAGGUAAUGGAGGUGUGUAGCUGGUGGUUUGCCGUGGGUAACCAUUGGCUUGGCCUGGGCACGUCCAGGUGUCCACAAUACCUAAUUUUUCUUUUUUUCACUGCUGAGGGUUUUAGCCAUUGGGUGAGGAGUUUGUCCAUGCUAUGUUGAAUUAUGACUACGUUGAUAAUGGGAGUUGGAAAUUGAUAGGUAGCAAGGUUGUUCCGUUAUUGGCGAAUGCAUUGAUGUCCUGUCCUGCAGCUGCAAACUGCUACUUUACUACCUACAUAGUACUAACUACGGGAGCUAGGGCGGUUGACCUAUGAUGUAAGCAACGGGAAGUUGGGGAAGCGAGG